GAUCAGAAUUAAAUAAGUCAAAAGAUGACUUAGGAAUUCCAAAAAGUCCUUUAUUGGGGGUUUCAAAAAGUCCUAACGAUUCUGCACCAACAUCUCCUAAACCAACAGAUAAAAUUGUUCUUGGCCCACCCAAAAUGAAUUUCGCUUCAUCAUCUGUUGGAGGAUUAAAAAUUGUGGAAGAAAAAACAGCACCGCCAAGGGCUGGUAGAUCAGAUGGAAUACGACAACGCCAAGGAGAGGACAUUUCAUAUGUGCGAUCUGGAAAAGACUUUGAACCACGAGCACCACGAGGACCGUCUGGUGGCCGUGGAUUUGUUGGUAGGGAAGCAUUGCGAGAACGUGCUUUAGCAGAAAAAGUAACAAAAGAAUCAACUGGGCCUACUCACGGAACACAUAGUCGUGGAUUAGGAAAUAUACGGUCUCAUGAAACGAGUAGAAACAAUCGUAGAGAAGGCAUUGGAGGGGGAAGAAAUACUUCAAAAUAUCAAGCCGAUGACAGAUCGGAGACUCCCGAAUGGAUGAAUUAUAAUCCACAAACCGAUGAGGAUACAAAACGCAUUGAUAAUGGUGAAGCUGGUGAUAAAGCCAUGUUCGAUCUUCAAGCUUGGAAAGUGCAAAUGAAAGAGAAAGAUAGGGAACAACGAGAACGCAAUGAAAAGGAAAAGACUAAAGAACGAAGGGAAACAACGGAAAAAGGUCGAGCGCGCAGUAUUUCGCGAGCUGACAGUAGUGCAUCAUGGAGGCCAGGAAAUAAAACAUUGACUACCGAAGAGACUAAUAAUGCUUCAAAUGAUAAACCUGAAAGAUCCGUACAGAAUGGAUUAAAGGAACAAAAUACAACGGAUUUAGAUGGUAAUUAUCUAAAUUUCUAUAUUACAUUCGUAUUCUUCAAAUUCAUUAAAUUUGGCCGAUGUGGAUCAACUAUUUGGCCCUGGUGGGAUGGACCUGAAUGCUCCUUUACAUCCAGGCUCAUCAGCUUUUAACAAAUUCCUUUCUCAGCAUAAACUUGCCAUGGCUGAAGACAAUGGACCUAAAACUGAAAGUAUAUCAAGUAUCUCACAUGUAGAGACAGUUCCUCGAGAACAAGGAAAAUCUCGUUUCGCCAGAUUUUUC